CUUGAGUCAGUUAACCAAAUGAUUUUUGUCUCCACACGUUCACUGAACGCCAGCCGACUGGUUUCCCUGGAAACUGAACCGUGUGCUCAGGAAUAGUGAAUCGUUUCCAGGUCACUUUCACCAUGGAGAGAGGAGCAGGGAGAUACUGGACUGAGGAUGAGGUCCGUGCUCUGAUAAGCAUUUGGUCAGAGAAAAACAUUAGAAAGCAACUUCAUGGGACCUUGAGAAAUAAAGGUCUGUUUUUGUACAUAGCUAAGAGAAUGCAGCAGUUAGGUGUGAGCCGGGACUGGAAGCAAUGCCGUGCAAAGUACAAAAAUCUCAAAUAUGAAUACAGGGCAAUAAAAUGUGGCCACGCCAUUGAAGAUGAUGCUAAAAUGCGUUUUUAUAAUGAGCUGGAUUCAAUCCUGGGAUCUGAGGUAAUAGUAAAGGAUGAGAACGACCUUGACAGUUUGGAACAUAUGAAGCAUCUGGAUUCAGCAGGGACGAAAGAACUAUUUGUUAAACAGAGUCCUAACCACAUUAAAGAGGAUCCACUAAUAAUUCCACCAGUGUCUAAUGAAGGAGGCAAACACUGGACAUCCAGAGAGAUCAAUGCCUUGAUAAAUAUCUGGUCAGAUAGGAACAUCUGCCGGCAACUGAAAGGCACCGUGAGGAACCAGAAGAUAUUUGAACACAUUGCCAAGCUGCUCAAGGAAGCAGGCAUAGACCGAGACUGGAGGCAAUGUAGGACAAAGUAUAAAAACCUCAAACAUGAAUAUGUUGUGGUAAAGAAAGCUCAAGAAUGUGGCAAUGACAGUAAACGUAUGAAAUACUUCUGUGAGCUGGAUUCUAUCUUGUCCAGCAAACCUUUUGGUCUUAAAAAAGCUCUACAUAGUAACCUGAAACAAGCUCCAUGUGCCCAUUCUACUUCACAGAUUGGCUCAGCAGAUGUUAUCACUAAAAUGUUACAUCAUGAAGAGGACCUUAAAGUGGACGCAGAAGAAUGGCACAUGUCUGCCCAGAAACAUGACUUAGUAGAGCUACAAAGGACACCAGCAGGUAAUGAAGUGGGCAAGCACUGGACAACUGAGGAAACCCAAGCGUUGAUAACUAUUUGGUCUGAAGAAAGCAUCCGCAAGCAGCUGGAAGGUGUGGUGAGGAACAGGCAAAUAUUUGAGCACAUAGCAAGUCUUCUUCAGAAACAGGGUAUAGACCGAGGCUGGAGACAGUGCAGAACCAAGUACAAAAAUCUAAAGCAUGACUACAUUGUGGCAAAGAAAGCCAUGGACUCUGGAUUCAAGAGAAAGACUACAAAAUUCUUUCAUGAACUGCAUAAUAUCCUACAAAGCAAAUGUUCAGAGCCAUCAAUUCAGUCAGAAACUGGUGACCAGCAGACUUCACUUAUGUUGAAUGAAUGCGCUAACCAUGAGCCUCUUGCAGAUGAUGACAUUGAAUUACCUAAAGAAAGCAAAGAGGAUGAUGCCAACAUAAAACAGGAAGUUACAAUUACAGAUAAAGAAGACCACAUGAUGCUUGCCAUUGAUUACAAAAUUGCCACCUCAGGAAAGAAGAGAAAAGCCUUUCUAACAGAAUCUCCAGUUCCAGAUAAAGUUUAUAUUUCUGGACCCAAGUGGAAAAACAAAUCUGAUGUAUUUGCUUCUGAGUUUACUGUAAGGGCCGAUAAACAUCUGCCAACAAGGCAUCUGCCAAAUCCUGGGGGUGGCCAAAGGAGCGUUGGCAUUUGGGAGGAAGAUCUGAAGAGUUCUCAGCCAGGGCUUCAGUAUUUCAGUUCCCAGGGUCCCGGUUGCAUCGCUGAAAUGGAGUCUUACGCAGAACUGAAGCUGGGCAAGAAAUUAAAUGAAGGGAAAACGAAAGAAGUGUACGAACUGCCCGAGCACCCUGGCUGCGUACUGAUGAAGUCCAAAGACCUGAUUACUGCCGGCGAUGCAGUACGGAAAGAUCACAUGGAAGGGAAAGCCUCUAUUUCCAACAAGACUACUAGCUGCGUCUUCAAACUGCUGCAGGAGGCUGGGAUCAAAACGGCGUUUGUGCGGAAGUGCAGCGACGCGGCUUUCAUUGCUACUCACUGCGAGAUGAUUCCCAUUGAGUGGGUGUGCCGCAGAAUCGCCACGGGCUCAUUCUUGAAGAGAAAUCCUGGUGUUAAGGAAGGCUACAAAUUCCUCCCCCCUAAAGUCGAGACCUUUUUUAAGGAUGAUGCCAACCAUGAUCCUCAGUGGUCUGAGGAACAACUGAUCUCGGCAAAACUCAGCUGUGCAGGGCUUGUGAUUGGUCAGGCUGAGGUGGAUAUCAUGACUCACUCCACAGCGGCCAUCUUUGAGAUUCUAGAGAAGGCUUGGAUGACUCAGGAGUGCACACUAGUAGACAUGAAGAUUGAGUUUGGUGUGGAUGUUACAAAGAAGGAGAUUGUCCUCGCUGAUGUUAUUGAUAAUGACUCUUGGCGCCUGUGGCCGGCUGGGGACAAAUCUCAACAGAAAGAUAAGCAAACAUAUCGGGAACUAAAGGAGGUGACACCUGAAGCUCUGCAGAUGGUGAAGAGAAACUUUGAGUGGGUGGCAGACAGAGUAGAGCUCCUGCUGAAGUCAAACAGCCAAGGUAGGGUGGUGGUGCUGAUGGGAUCCAUUUCUGACCUGGCACACUGCGAAAAGAUAAAGAAAUCCUGUGCAAACUAUGGCAUUCCCUGUGAGCUGAGAGUGACUUCUGCACACAAAGGCCCGGAUGAAACCCUGCGUAUCAAGUCUGAGUACGAUGGUGAUGGCAUUCCUACAGUCUUCAUAGCAGUGGCUGGCAGAAGCAACGGUUUGGGACCGGUCAUGUCUGGAAACACUGCUUAUCCCGUGAUCAACUGCCCCCCUCUCACUGCAGAUUGGGGUGCACAGGAUGUGUGGUCGUCCCUCCGAAUGCCCAGUGGGCUUGGAUGUUCCACCGUUCUCUCACCAGAAGCUGCAGCUCAGUUUGCUGCUCAAAUCUUUGGCUUAAACAACCACCUAGUGUGGUGCAAGCUCCGCUCCUGCACCCUGAACACCUGGAUAUCUCUCAAGCAAGCGGACAUGAAGCUGAGGGAGUGCAGCAUCUGAUCUCUCAUUUAACAUUCCAAUAAAGCACUCGGUUCUCUUUCACAA